AUGUUUUUCAUACUGAAACCAUCUUUCAAGUUAGCUCAACGUCCAAUAUCAAAACUUUCUGUGGUUUCAAAUUGUCUAGUGAAACAAUCAUUAUUGAAUCCUUCAAAAAUAAAUCAAUAUGGUGAUAUUUCAAGUUCAAAAUUCUCUACAAUCUCCAAAAAUAUAAAAUAUAGAUCAAAUCCAUUAAUAUCUAAUUUAAUAAAUAAAAAAGAUCCAAUAAUAAAUUAUUCAAUACUGAAUCGUUCAUAUUCACAAUCAAAUGAUUCACCAUCACAAAAAAUACAUCCAAAUUUAAAUGAUAAACCUCAAGCAGUAGGAACCCAACAAAAAAGUAAAGAUUCAAUUGAUCAAUCAAAAUCUGAACAAUCAUCACAACAAACACAACAAGGUCAAACAUCUUUAGCAUGGGGUGACUUAAGAAGAUUAUUUGGAUUGAUCAAAUAUGAUAGUAAACUUUUAGCAGUUGCCAUAUUUUUAUUGUUAAUAUCAUGUGCUGUGGGUCUUAUGCUUCCAAAAGCUUAUGGUCUUGUUAUAGAUUCCACAAAAAACAUUAUUGAUGGUGAAUUACCACCAAUCAUAUAUGGAUUAUCAUUAUAUCAAUUCAUUGGUGUUGUUGCAGCUUUAUUAACCGUGGGUAUCACUGCAAAUUAUGGUCGUAUUAUUUUAUUAAGAAUUCUUGGUGAAAAAAUGGUUGCUAGAUUAAGAUCAAAUGUUAUUAAAAAAACUAUAUCUCAAGAUGCUGAAUUUUUUGAUGUUAAUAAAGUUGGUGAUUUAAUUUCAAGAUUAGGUGCUGAUGCUUUCAUUGUUUCUCGUUCUAUGACUCAAAAUAUAAGUGAUGGUUUCAAAGCUGGGAUUGUUGGUACUGCUGGUAUUGGUGCAAUGGUUAUGAUUAGUCCACAAUUAGCAUCAGUUGUGUUUGUAUUUGUCCCAGUUGUUAUUAUGGGUGCGCUAGCGUUUGGUACAAGAGUUCGUGCAAUUUCUAGAAAAAUUCAACAAGCUACUGGUAAUUUAACAAGAGUUGGUGAAGAACAAUUAAGUGGUAUUAAAACAGUACAAAGUUUUGUCGCUGAAGGUAAAGAAUUACGUAAAUAUAAUAGUGCUAUAAGGAAUGUAUUUAGAUUAGGUAGACAAGAAGCUUAUUUAAAUGCUAAAUUUUAUACUGGUUAUUCAUUGAUUGGUGAUUCUUCAUUUUUACUUAUUUUAUGUUAUGGUGCUGUCUUAGUCGCUAGAGGUUCAAUGACUGUUGGUGACUUAGCUGCAUUUAUGAUGUAUUCAGAAUAUGCAAGUAAUGCUACAUAUAAUUUAGCUAAUUUUUAUUCAGAAUUAAUGAAAGGUACAGGUGCAGCAUCAAGACUUUUUGAAUUAAUUGAUAGAGAACCAAAAAUUCAUGCAACUAUUGGUGAACCAUUAGUCUUUAAACCAAAGGGUGAAAUUGAAUUUAAAGAUGUUUCAUUUUCAUAUCCAACAAGACCAAAAAUUCAAAUAUUCAAUGAAUUAAACUUUAAAAUCCCACAAAAUUCAAAUGUUUGUAUAGUGGGUCCUUCAGGUAAAGGUAAAUCUACUGUAACAUCAUUAUUAUUACGUUAUUAUGAUGUUACAAAAGGUCAAAUCUUACUUGAUGGUCAUGAUAUUUCAGAAUAUAGUGUUAAAAGUUUAAGAAGACAUCUUGGUGUUGUUCAACAAGAACCAAUUUUAAUGUCUGGUACAAUUCGUGAUAAUAUUACAUAUGGAUUAAAAGAAACAAAUGUUGAUGAAAGUUUAAUAAUUGAAGCUGCUAAAAAGGCAAAUUGUCAUGAUUUUAUUACAAAAUUUCCAGAUGGUUAUGAUACUAUAAUUGGUCCAAGAGGUGCUUUAUUAUCAGGUGGUCAAAAACAAAGAAUUUCCAUUGCAAGAGCAUUAAUUAAAAAUCCAGCUGUUCUAAUCUUGGAUGAAGCUACAUCUGCAUUAGAUAGCAAAAGUGAAUAUGCAAUUAAUUUAACAUUACAACAAUUAAUGAAGGAUGAAAAAUUAACCACAAUCUCCAUUGCACAUCGUUUAUCAACAAUUAGAAAAGCUGAUAUGGUUAUAGUAUUGGGUUAUGAUGGUAAAGUUGCAGAAAUUGGUAAUUUUGAACGUUUAUAUUCAGAUAGACAUAGUGCAUUAUAUAGAUUAUUAAAUGAAGAUAAAAAUGAACUUGAAGAUAAAAAACCAAAAAAGCAUCCAAAUGGAUCAAAUAAUAAUGAACAAGCUGGAUAUGAAGAUCAAAUUGAUGAAUUUACUGAAGAUUUUAUCAAGAAGGAAAUUAUUCAAAAAGGUUUAGAAGAUAUAAAUUUUGAUCAAGCUGCAAUGUCUAAUCCUAAUAAGAUUGAAGAAGUACAACAAAAACAAUGA